CUAAAGGAAAGGCUCGACGAAGGGGGGAUAUUAGCUGGGUAAGGAAAACGCUUUCGGAGAUUGAGAUGUCGAUUUGUUUUUCAUCGAAAAGGAAGAAGGCCGAGGGGAUAGCAGCCUUCCUUCGGGCUUUGCCUGCCGACGUUCUAAUAAAGAAUUCCGGCUCGGCCCGGGAAAGUGCUGGCAACAACAUAAACAAAGGGGUCCAUGUAGCUGCUGCGCCCGCCCACUGAGCAGCAGGUUCGGCAUCUACUACAAAAGAGAGAAUCCACUUCAGAUAACCACGUCUCUGCUAGGCAGCGUGUGGAAUGGCCGAGAGCGGACCAAAUGGAUAUAUAAUCCAAGCCGAGAGUGGAGUUACGUGAACAGCCGUCUGAUGGAAAACAACUUUCACGUUCGGUUCAGAGAGCACUUUUUUCGUUGAGAAUAAGUCCUUCCCUUUUGUGUGAAUUCCCCAGCGGCGAAUUAACAACUUGUGGGGCCCUAUCUAUUCAAUCUCUCGAGCCCCAAGAAAACCCCCCUCUCCCUCGGACUCAAUCUCUCUUUUGACUCUAUAUAUGUGGGCACCUGAUAUCUAUGAGGGUUCACCCACCCCGGUGACAGCAUUCCUUUCUAUUGCGCCUAAAAUCUCUAUUUCUGCAAAUAUGUCACGUGUUUCUAUUGUUGCUUCCUAUGGGGGUACAUUACAACAAAUCUUCUUUUUCUGCAGCAUUGCUUCUAUGAUCUUAGGAGCACUGGCCGCCAUGGCCCAAACGAAAGUCAAAAGACCUCUAGCUCAUAGUUCGAUUGGACAUGUAGGUUAUAUUCGUACUGGUUUCUCAUGUGGAACCAUAGAAGGAAUUGAAUCACUACUAAUUGGUAUAUUUAUUUAUGCAUCAAUGACGAUAGAUGCAUUCGCCAUAGUUCCAGCAUUACGACAAACCCGUGUCAAAUAUAUAGCGGAUUUGGGCGCUCUAGCCAAAACGAAUCCUAUUUCGGCUAUGACCUUCUCCAUUACAAUGUUCUCAUACGCAGGAAUACCCCCGUUAGCCGGCUUUUGUAGCAAAUUCUAUUUGUUCUUCGCCGCUUUGGGUUGUGGGGCUUACUUCCUAGCCCCAGUGGGAGUAGUGACUAGCGUUAUAGGUCGUUUUUAUUAUAUACGCUUAGCGAAAAGAAUGUUUUUUGAUAGACCUAGGACAUGGAUUCUAUAUGAACCAAUGGAUCGUGACAAGUCGUUACUACUAGCAAUGACUUCCUCUUUCAUUACUUCAUCCUUUCCAUAUCCCUCUCCCUUGUUCGAUCUUACUCAUCAAAUGGCACUCAGUUCAUAUCUGUAAGUUUGUUCGAUCAUUGACAAGGUUCAAAGAAAGGGUGGGCCAUUCACCAUGAAGGCUAAAAGCGAGAUAGGCUUUACUGGACAUUUUCGCUUACAAAGGCGAAGACAAUUCCGCGUUUUUUCAGCCGAUUCUCCGAAAUUUAAGACAAUUAUCCUCACUCAAACUUCAAAAAGUCCUUUUUUUUCUGAUGUAAAUUCUGUCUGUCUCCUUUGUCCUUCCUAACGCUAGUCUAGUCUCCGAUUAAAGGAUUGAUACGGGCGUGCUUCCUUGCAGAGGGUUGUUUUAGACACCUACCCACCAGAAACUUCGCUUUGCCACCCAGGUAUAACCAAAGCCUUCCACAAAGGAAUAUUUACUACUGGGUCCAUCACGUGUCCAGAUACCGGUGCAUCCCUUGCU